GUCCCUCCGUCGUCCCUCCGUCGUCCCUUGGCUUUUCUCCCUCCUCUCUCCCUUCUGUCUUAUUUCCAGUGUUUGAAUGGAGAAGUUGGGUUCCCUAGAACCUGCAGACCCCUUGCCGGGUGCUAGGCCCGUUGCUGGGGUUUCAGCUGAGGGGGACGAGGAGGCAGCAGCGGUUAGCUCCAAACUCUUUCGGUGUGCAUGUGCGAGACGUUGGCUACCACUGGCCUACAGAGAAGAACUCUACCAAGUCCUGCGCCUCACGGGCCCACUGCUGCUGUCUCGGAUUCUGUACUUCCUCCUGUCGUUUGUUAUAACCAUAUUCUGUGGUCACAUUGGCAAUGCAGAACUGGCUGGAUAUGCACUGGCCUCAGCGACCAUUAACUUGACCACAAUGUCCACAGGCUAUGGUCUCGCUGUGGCUUGCGACACACUCAUUUCUCAGACAUUUGGUGGUAAGAAUAUGAAGCGCGUAGGAGUAAUUCUGCAAAGGAGUUCAUUCAUUCUGCUGCUGUUUUGUCUGCCAUGUUGGGGUAUUCUUAUCAACUCUCACAACUUAUUACUCAUCAUGCACCAAGAUGAUGAGGUGGCCAGAAUUGCCCAGCUCUAUGUGACGGCAUUUCUACCAGCUGUUCCUGCCAUGUUCCUGCACCAGCUACAGGUCACCUACCUACAAAACCAAGGGAUCAUUCUGCCUCAGAUGUACACAGCAGCCAUAGCAAACGUUUGUAACCUGGGGGUCAACUAUGUCCUAAUCAUCAGUCUCCAAAUGGGUGUCAUUGGGUCAGCAAUCGCUAACAGCCUCUCUCAGAUCACCAUCUGCCUGCUGUUAUUCGGCUACAUCAGAUGGAAGAAGCUCUACAAGGAGACGUGGGGAGGCUGGUCCACUGACUGUCUGCAGGAAUGGGGAACCUACAUGAAGCUGGCUAUUCCCAGUCUCUUCAUGGUCUGCUUUGAAUGGUGGAUCUGGGAAGUUUUCGGUUUCCUUGCUGGUGUACUUGGCGAGGUGGAUCUUGCUGCGCAACAUGUGUUGGUGGAAGUAGGAGCCAUAGUAUAUAUGUUCCCUCUAGGUGUCCAUGCAGCUACCUGUGUGCGUGUUGGGAAUGCUCUGGGAGCCGGGGACACAGCCAGGGCCUUAGUCACCUGCAAAGUGGCGCUGGUUCUAUCAGGCGUGCUUGCUGUGUUCCAGGGUAUUGUCAUUGCUAGCUUUAAGUCCCACGUUGGCUACAUAUUCACCUCUGAUGAAAACAUUGUGGCGAUUGUCUCAAAGAACCUCACAGUCUACACAUUUAUACAGUUCUUUGAUGCUAUUCUGUGUGUCUGCUCAGGGAUUAUUGUAGGAUCUGGGAUGCAGAAAAUUGCCGCCUUGGCCAACUUGGUGUGUUACUACUGCAUAGGUCUGCCAGUGGGAGUAGCUCUGAUGUUUGUUGCUGAGCUCAGAAUAUUAGGUUUAUGGCUGGGUCUCUUCGUAGCUAUUGUCCUUGAGACAGGUUUUUUCCUCAUUUUAAUCUUCAAACUCAACUGGAAGAAAGUCACACAGAAGGCUCAACAGCGAGCUGCAAAGAAAGUGCUUGUGACAGCGAAGCGUCCUCAUAGUACAGUGCUGUAUGAAGUGACGGUGCCUGACAUCUCCGACUGCCCUAACACAGCUCAAUUGGAAGGCGAAGAAGCUCCAAGAGCAGAUGGCUACAAUCCCGUCAACACUCAGGAUCAGGAGCUGAAAGUGGGUCAUGAGGCUGAGGGCAACAACACAAAUGUUCAAAGUACCAAGGGGGAUGCUGAGAAGAGCAAAAACACCUCUAACACCAAACCUCAAGCACCCCUUUCUAUCACUCAGCUUAUCUUACGUCGGGGACUUACUGCUUUGAUUUCAGCGCUCAUGUUGGCCAUAGGCAUUGCUUUCCACUUUGCUUUCCCCACACCGGAGCCCUCAGCUCAGAUCAGGGCAAACUUUACCCUGAGCUGGGCCAAUGACUCGACUCCUACACCUCUGGCUCCGCUGGAACUGACCUCAAACCUCUGAGCUAUCUCUGACCUCUAAACAUAGAAACCUAGUGACUAAGAUCAGUUGACACAGUUUUCACAGAUGAACAGUUUAUACCUAAAGAGAAAAAUGCUGAAUGCCUUCAAAGUUGCACAUCUACUCAUAAACCUGGAUAAACAGCCAUAUUCAGCCUAACAUGGUCCACUGGAUGUAUCUUCUACAGACAAAAAGAUGUCUCAGUGCUGCACUGCUGAGCACAUCCACAGAAAGUUGGAAGACUAAGACAGGAUGAACAAAGGCCUUGUUCCAAAGAUCAUGUUUUAACCUGCUCAGUCUGAAAAGCUCAACUGGGACUACAUGGUACACUACAAAUCCCUCACUACGAGACCACACAGGAAUAAAAGAGCAGGUGUUUUUCCAUAGAUAACUCUUGAUUUUUCAACCUAUUGUCUUGAUUUACAUAUUGCACUGCAACAUUUAUCGUGUUUCUUACUGACCUUAAAUCAUUCUCAUGUUUUAACUUUGAGUAUUAUGAGAUUGACUGUAAAUAUGUAAUACACAGUAUAACCAUAGGGCAGGCUUGAUGUUCUGCAAAAAAGAUGCAAUGAAUGAAUAAUAAGCUAUUUUUUCUUUUGAUUUUUUACUGUAUAUGUAUGGUCAAUAAUGCAAUAUAUUGCAGGCUAAUCAAUAAAAUUAACUUUUAAAGUGCAUAACAAUGAAAUUAACAACAUGGAAAAACAGGUAUGUUGGACUCCAAAAGCUGAGGAAUUACCAUCAGAUUUAUUAUUUAUUAACAGUGAUUUGUCCUGACUGACAAAAAAAACCCCAUAGUGAAGGCAGGAAAGAUAUUUCUAACUGAAAUACGAAAAUGGGGAUUUAGUAAUCUUGUAUCCUACCUAACUUCAGUGCAUCACAACAUAUCAAGUAUAGAAUUAAUCUGCAGAUGCUCCACUUCAAGAUAAGACUAAACUUUUUUGUCAGUUUUUGAGCCAUGACCAAGUCCAAAAUGUGGCAUGCAACAGACUAGCUAAGCCUAUUUUUUAGCAUAGCCUAAUGCAUAUUGUUAAAAGGUGAAGACUGCUGAAAAACAAAAAGUUCAAGCUUUACAAUAGGCUCAUAAGAAAUCUUAUAAAUAUGCAUUUGAAUACACAAUACAACCUGUUCUUAAGGUACUGAAAUUCAGCAGCCAUUGAUCUAACGUGGCAACAAGGUAUGAUUGGAUGUCCCUAGCGGAAACAAAAUUCCAAAAUGAGGCAGUUGUUGAUCACCGUCGGACCCUACUGGCUGGUUAAGAGAAGUGAGGAGUCAGCAGUCAAUGAUGGGAUAAAACAGAACAGUAAAUGACGUUAUAAAAUAGGUUUGUCAAAAAGUCCUUGAGCAUAUAGUCAUAAAUGUGGACAGGUACAAACACAUAAUUGCCUCCAGGCUUAUGACUGGUGGAGAUUAUAAGAAUUCACACUAUUUUAAAGUGAUUGUGCUAUAAAUUAUGACUCGUAUUAUAGAUAUUACCUUGAUAAACUUAAUUUAGUUUUUCUAAAAGAGGGUGCAGGCUACUCGUGAUGUUACUAUUGUUACUUAAGUUCUCAUUUGAAGGCACAAGACUUUGGUCAUGACUGGUGUGGUUGUGGGUCAGGAGGUAAAGCGGGUUGUCUUCUAAUUGGAAGAUUGGUGGUUCAACCCCCUGUUCUUCCAGCAUGCAUGUUUAAGUGACCUUGGGCAAGAUACUGAAUCCCAAAUUGCUGCUGAAGGCUGUGCCAUCAGUGUAUGACUGUGUGAGAAUUGGUGAAUGUGGCAUAUAGUGUUAAGAGCUUUGAGUGGAUAGAAGACUACAUAGGCGCAAUAUAAAUGCAGUCCAUACUAAUAGUAGUGCUAGUGUAUAUUUAACACAAACUUGCCACAAACAAUUGAGACUCAUUAGGUAAAGAGUAAAAAGUAAAAUGUAAAAAUAUGCAAAAUGGUGAAUGAAUUAAGGCAACUUAUUUCUGCACCAAUGAGAGUGACUCUUUGGCAGUAGUCAAUACUGUUCUUGCUCAACAUUAAUCAUUAUGACAUCCACUUCCUGCCUUCAGUCUGCAAAGCCCUAACACAAUAGUAUCCGUUGAUCUGCAGCAUCCAGUAGUUUUGCACGUUGUUCCACAAUGAAAUGUGAUAUUAUUAACUGCAGCCAUAAUGUAAUUGAGUUCCAGGUACGGUAUUGCACUGCAUGCCGACAUAACCAAGAAGUUAAUGUGAGAUUCCUUAAGCUAUACUGACAGAAAAUCUUUACCCAGUCACUUGUUAAUGAUGCCACAGCAUGUUACUGAUUGCAGUCUCUGGAGGUGAGCGGGCCAAGAUUAGAGUCUCUGUGAGGAGCCAGGGGCAAUGUCUCCACUGAUGAGCCAGACUCAAGCUCAGACAACAAUGUAACCAUGUGUGAAUCAGGCCUGAUUUACAUUUUGAAUAAUGAUAAAUUAAUAUGCAAAUUUCUAUGUGACAAAAGCAAACACUGAUCUAUGAGUUUGGAGACUGCACUGGCUUUAUACAGCGUGGGAACUUUCCCAAACUCCUCUAAGGUGAAAGCUCUUUUGAAGUUAGAAUCAACCAGAAUAUGCAGUGAUUAGUCUGCCCCUCGUAAGAAAAAAUUCAAGAGUGCUUGACUGUAGCUUACAGUUUUUUCCAAUUGCUAACACACUAAAAUGACAAGCAUAGCACAAUUAUUUAAACUGACACACAGACAGCAAAACCUCUUCUCAAGUCUCCAAAAGUCUAAACACAUUUUCUGCUUUACACACAUUUUGCAUUUCAAAAUGGCACUUUUUAAAAUGCAUUGAACACGGUUCUCUGCAUAAUACACAACAAUCUGACAUCAAGUCACAUGUUUGCCAUUUCAAAACACUGCCAUUCAAAGUGACGCUACAUGAGCUAAUUGGCCAAUAUAUGAGCCACCUAGCCAAACACCUCAGUGCUUAAUUGUUACCACUUCAAUCAGGAAGUAAGCACUAUUAAAAGACCACAGGUGAGCACCUUUUUUUACAACAACAAUGGAAAACGUUGCAGAGAGAGGAAGAGGAGGAAGAGUGAUGGACGAGGCGUUGUGGCCAGACCUAGCUGUGCGGCAAGAUGCUGCCUAAUUCUUUUUCUUGCCUCUUUUUUUUUCUAUAUAUUUUUUCUGCACAUUUUCUCUGCAAUUUUCUUUUUCAGUUUACUGUUUUUUGUGAGCAUAUUUUUGUUCACUCCAAUGUAAAUAUAUCUGCUGUGCAUAUGUUUCACUGACUUGUUUGGUGACAAAUAAAAAAAAUAA